AGCAACCCUUGAACCCAGAGAGAGGGAGAGGGUGACACCCAGAAAUGGAAGAACCAGAGGGAGCAGCAGAGCAACAAGCUCUCCAGCUUAAAUCUCUAGCCGAAUCCAAAUACAAAGCCUCUAACUUCAAAUCCGCCCUCAAAUACGCCAAGCGAGCGCACCACCUCUGCCCCGACCUCGACGGCGUCGCCUCCAUGGUCACCGCCUUCGACAUCCUCCGCGUUGCCCAUAAGCGCGGCGGCGGCCCAACGGAUCCCAACUGGUACAAGAUCAUCCAGGUGGAGCCCUUCGCCCACAUCAACACCAUCAAAUCCAAAUACAAGAAGCUCGCUCUUCUGCUCCACCCUGACAAGAGCCCCCACCUGGGCUCCGACGAGGCCUUCAAGCUCGUCGGCGAGGCCUUCCGGGUCCUUUCGGAUAGGAUCAGGAGGAAGGAGUAUGAUUUGAGGCUUAGGAUUGAGAUUCAGGAUAGGGAGAUGGGGGAGAGUAGUGAGGGUUUAGGGUUUAAGGAGACGUUUUGGACGGCGUGCUCGACGUGCCGGCUUUUGCAUCAGUUUGAGACGAGGUAUUUGGGGCUGGAUUUGGUUUGUCCGAGCUGUAAGAAGAGGUUUAAGGCUGUGGAGGUUGGGAGUGGUGGUGGGGUUAGGUGUAGUCAGAGGUUGAGGAAAGCGAGCGGAGGCGAGAGAGGGGGUGGGGAUGUGGAGAGGGAGGGGAGUGAUGGCGAGGUGGGGAGGAGGUUGAGGAAGAGAAUGAGUAGUGUGGGGGAGGUGUUGAAGAGGUGUGAGACCAAGAAGGCGAAAGUGGUUGAGGAAACGAUGACAUUGGCGGAAAUUCAGGCGGAGGUCAAGCGAAAGAAAAUGGGGGAGGAAGGGAGGGAGAAGAAGAAGAAGAAGAAGGGGAAGAAUGUAGAAGUUGAGAGGCGCAGUGGUUUGAAGAAAGGUAAAAAUGCUGAAGUUGAGAGACGCGCUGUUGCGAAGAAGGCUAGGGAUUUGGGAAGUGCUGAGAGGAGGGAGAGGGAGAAUUUGGAGGCUGCGGAGGGGGAGGGUUUGCGGUUUUUUGAUUUUAGUAAAGAUAAGAGGAGUUUUAAGAAAGGGCAGGUGUGGGCUGUGUAUGAUGAACAUGAUGGAAUGCCGAGGAAUUAUGGUUUGGUUGAUGAAGUUGUUUCUUUCAGUCCUUUUGAGAUGAGGAUUAGUUGGUUGGAACAUCAGAACAAUGGGGAUCAGUGGUUGGCGUCUUGGGAGGAAAUGGGAUUGCUCGUGCCUUGUGGGAGGUUUAAGGUUGUUAGGCUGACUACUACUAAUUCAGUGCAUAUUUUUUCUCAUAUGGUGAAUUGUGACAGAGUUGCAAGAGAGAUUUAUCGGAUUUAUCCCAAGAAGGGAUCUGUUUGGGCAAUUUAUAACGAAGCGGCGUUUGACUCUGAUGGAAGGAAUCUGUUAGUUAAAGAGAAGCGAUGCUAUGACAUAGUUGUGUUUCUAACGAGUUAUAGUGAGAUGCAUGGUUUGAGUAUGGGGUAUCUUGAGAAGGUUGAUGGGUUCGACACGGUAUUUAAGAGGAGGGAGAUCGGAGCUCAUGCUAUUCGAUGUUUAGAGAAAGACGAGUUGAGGUUAAUUUCACAUGAAAUUCCUGCAAAGAAGCUCUCUGGUAACGAGGCUCCAAACCUUUCAAAAGACUGUUGGGAACUUGAUCCUGCUGCUCUUCCUCUGGAUAUGCUUACAUUUGGCUAAGACAAUCGGUAAACCUUGGGAAACCAAAAUGCCCUUAGUGUUACCUCCUUUUUUUUGAGUUUGGGGUUCAAAGUGGAACGCUUUGGUCAUUUUACUGAUUUAUAACAUUGAACAUUGAACAUUGAAGACACUGCUCUUUAAUCACAUUGCAAUUAGUUGCUGACCUUAGUCUUCUUCUGUGGGCUAGAAGUUCAUCAUAAGGCGUUCACAAUCAUAAUCUAAUUACCUUAAUUGUUGUCUCUUUUCUUUUGUUGGGACUUGGGAGUCAUCUUUGUGUUUUUGUAUCCACUUUCCAUUGUGCUCUUUAGACAAUAACCUAUGCUAAUUUAUAUGUACAUAAUUCCAAGAGCAUGGGGUUCCUAUAUGACUGGCUUGAAGCUGAGUUUGCUACGAUAGGCUGACUACACAAUUUCGCAAUUGUUAGUACUGCAUAUUCUUUACUUUAACGAGCAGCGUGUAAAAUGUUACCGAGUUGUAGCUUUAGUAUUUGUCAAGAUUCUUAUUAUGAAUCUGAACUUGGUGGAGAA